AUGCACUUCACAACCCUCCUCACCAUAACGGCAGCUGCAUUCGCCAGCACAGCAGCCGCAAUACCCCGUCUGUCAGGACCAUACCACGGCGUCCGCAUCCCAAUCCACGUACCCACCAAUGCAACCGGUGCCCAUAACGCUACGAGGACUGGUACUGGUACACGUGGUCGAGUGCCUCUUUCUACCGCGUCCGCUAAGAAUGCUACGCAUGCUCGUGCUCCUGCUCAUACUCGUCCCGCUUCGCAUGGUAUUAACCAUGUCAAUGUUAAUCAUUGUCAUGAGCUUUGUUCUUUGGAGGCUCAGACUUGUAAUCUGGCUGUGCCGGAUGAUGAUGCGUUCUGGUGA